CCUUAUCCACAGAACAAUAUGCUGGACUUCGUGUUUGCUGUUGAUGAUUCUGUGACCUGGCAUAUGAUGAACUUGUUAAAGAACAGGAGUCAUUAUUCCUUCCUAAAAGUUUUUGGGCCAAAACAGAUAAGUAGUAUACAGAGCUAUGGAGCAGGGAUUUACUACAAUACUUUAGUGCCAUGUAAUGGUAGGAUGAUAAAAUACGGUGUAAUUAGCACUGAUACCCUGAUUGACGAUUUACUUCACUGGAAAACCCUCUAUGUCUCUGGACGCCUACAAAAACCGGUGAAAAUACUGACUCAGAAUGAGAAUAGCAAGCUACAAGCUGCUCUUGUUAGCAAUCUGAAGAGUGCAGUCACAGCAGCCUUUCUCAUGUUACCAGAAAGUUUCUCUGAAGAAGACCUCUAUAUGCAGAUUGCAGGACUCUCCUAUUCUGGUGAUUUCAGAAUGAUAGUAGGAGAAGACAGAUCAAAAGUGCAAAACAUAGUGAAACCUAACGUUCCCCAUUUUCAGAAGCUGUACAGUAACAUAUUACAGGACUGCCCUCAAGUGGUAUAUAAGCACCAUCUGGGAAGGCUAGAGAUUGAUAAAAGUCCAGAAGGUCAAUUUACACAACUAAUGGCUUUGCCAAGGACUCUGCAACAAAAGAUAACUUCUCUGGUAGACCCUCCUGGAAAAAACAGAGAUGUGGAAGAAGUUUUACUGCAAGUUGCCCAUGACCCUGACUGUGGAUUUGUGGUGCAUCAAGGCAUUUCGGGAAUUGUGAGAUCUUCCAGUAUAGUGCAGAGUGCUAAAACCAUACUAACAGCUGGGGCAAAGAAAUCUGUAACUUACAGUACGAAGAAAUUAUAUAAAAUGACAAAGGGAUGGUUAAGGAAGACAUCUUGAGUCUUGACAUACUGUGUACGGGUAAAUAAAUGGUACUUUUUCUCUAAAUAUUUUGCAGAUGUUGCUUUGCCUGCUUGAGAAGAUUAAAGUGCAUUUAAAAAGUCUGUUCUAAUCAUUCACAUGCCCAUUUUUACUACU